GUGAUUGACACGUGCGCGCGAAAUAUGUCUGCUCGUUUUGAGAAAUGAAAUUUAAAAAAAGGAGAGCAAACAAACUUCAGCAAAACCGUUACUGAGGGCUAAGAAGCAAAACCAUUUAGGCCAAUGGAACACAACAAGGGAAAACGUACAUCACCUGGAACCUGUAGGAUUUUCAGUAAGUCCGUGAAAGAGCUCGGUCUCCCAUCAAAGACAUGCCCAAAAUCAAGUGAAAAGGACAGUCCUAAGGGGAGCAUUGAGGUGAAAACAACCGAUGCUGGAGAAAAAAUAACGGGUCACCAAAAGACUGAAGAUACACAUGACACUGCGAAAUGUACUGGUUCAGAUCUCUCCAUAUCACAUUCAUGUAAGGAAAGAAGAUCUUGGAAACCUCAUGAUAAGCACAGAGUAACCUCCCCUUACAGUUCACCAAGAAGGUCUCAGUCGCAAAGGGUCUUGUCUGGCACACUUUUGACGAAACAUGUUUAUUCACUGGGUCCACGCUUCGGUGUAAGAAGAAGAAGAGGAAGAAAAUAUGCAAGGAGUCAAGAGAACAACAAUGAAUCAUCUAGCUGCGGAAAGGAUAAAAAUGUCUUAUCUCGUCAAAAAAGCAAUAGUUCCGAUUAUAAUAUAAACAGUUGUGUUAUGAAAGAAAGUUCAUGUUCAAACUUGAAUUGUAUUGAAAAACCUGUUUCAAGUAUUUCAGCAUUAGGCAGCUCCCAAUUAGCGUCAAAGUUUCAUUUUACUGAAGAUUGGAGCUUUGAGAUAAGAUCUGAACAACAGGGCAAUGAUGCAGAAGAUCCAGCAAACUUGGACAUGAAAGAUUCAUGGGUUAAAGGAAAUAUUGCAAGUGGUAUAGCUGAAAAUAGGCUUGAAAAGCAAUGUGAUGCAAUAUUAGAUAUCAAGGACAGAUGUACCAAAGACUCUCCAGUUGAAAAUAGAAAAGGAAACCAAAGAAUUAUAAAUAUUGAAUCAGGACUAUGCAAUCGUACGAUGUUAUUGCCACAAAUGCAAAGUACACCUAAAAGCUGUGGGAGACAGAAAUCCCUUCAAACAAACAAGAGAAUUGAAGUUGCUAAGGACACAGAAAAUCAUCCUUCCAUUCCUAAUAAAGAUUUUAUUAAAGAAAUCAAAGAAACGGCUAAGAAAAAAAAUUCUGUGAACAACGAAUGCAAUGAAGAAUUUCUUAAAACAGAAAUAGAAAUGUCACCACAACAUGAAAAGUGUUAUGUAAAUUCUAAAAGUAACAAGGAAGAUGAUUAUGUAGACAACACAAAUAUGGGCAACAUCUUGCCCAACUCUGGGUGUUUAGAGAUUCUUACGAAAGAAGAAAACAUAUCAGUAGGAAAGUCAGAAAGUUCUGUAACAUUUACAAACAACAUCAAAUCUCUUCAAAAAGAAGUUUGGUUUGAUGAAACACAGAUUGAUGACAAAAUUCAACCCUUGGUUGAGCAAAAUGUAGUUGAGGUAAAAGAAACAGAUGUAGAAAAGGGUACAGAAUGUGACGUUGAUGAAUCUUCCUUGCAGAAUAAAAAGUUUGAAAAAUGUGCUCAAGAAACUCAAUUCUUAUCAGGUGAACAUUUGGUAUCUGAAUCCAAGGCUAAGGUAAAUAAAUACAGUUUGAAUGAGUUGCUGUUGAUAAGCCAAAACAUACGUGUGAAAGAAAGCAAAAUGAAAUCCUAUAUUGAUAAAUUAGAUCUUCCUCUUGAGGCAGUUCUUGUUGAUGAAGAACCGGAUGUCAUGCUGAAUCUUUUAACAGAUGAUUGGCAGCCAAGUGAUGCAUUGUUUGAAAUCAGUCAUGGGCCGUAUUAUGAACGGAGUCAGUCACCAUACAAAGACUUUGAAAGAAUGUUUGAACUAAAUGAUCAAGGCUUGAGCAAUGUGGAGGAAGAGGUUCAUGAUUCUGACAGAGAUCAACCAACUUGUAUGUUUAUCACCGCUGUAGACCAAACCAGCUGUGAUUCAGAGAGGGGCUCUAAAGUAUUUGGACCUCAUAUCUAUUAUGGCAGAAGUGCCUCAAGGUGUUUAAGAGGAACUAGUAAAAACUAUGCCAUUGGUAACAGAGAACGGUUUGGGCCAAAUUAUAACAGUCAAAGAUUUCAGGCAAUACCAUGGACAGAAGUUGAAAGUGGUUAUGCCGAAUUUAAUUGUAAUAAUUCUGCAUUGCAAUCUCAUUUUCGAACUAGACCAAUUGACAAUCUUAACAUUGGGGGUGAAGAUAAUAAGCCGUGGAAUGGUCCGCAAAGUGAAGAUUGGACAUUAGAAAUAAAAGAAAUAACAGUUGAUGCUACCUCUGCAAACAGUGAGCAUGCAAGUAUUGAAACAAACGAAGCAACUAUAAUCACUGAGCAAGCUGAAGACCAUAACUAUUGUGUUAAAGGUAAUACUGAUCUGAAAAUUAAACUCCAACCUUACCUGCCACCAAAGCCAGAUGUAAAUGAACAACUUGCUGUCAAAGCAUCAGCAAGCAAUGGAAACAUUUGUAAUGAUAUUGAAUCACAUCUGGAGAUAAUAACUGUGUAUGAAGGGAAUAGUUCAAGUAUACAUGCUGGUAAUACUUUACCAGUAGACAGUGUUGAUGUUAGUACAGAUGCUAAUCCUGAUCCUAUGUUCCCAUAUUUACCACCCCCACCACCAAUGGAUGAAAAUGACUCGUUUGUUGCAGAAUCAGGAGCUAAAGAUGUGGUAACAAAUGAAGUUCGUCAGGCUAAAAAUAAUGAUUCCCGCUCAAAUGAUCUAAGCAAAAAAUCUGCAACAAAGAUAUGUGCAUGGUUCGAUGAUUUAGGUACAGAUGAAACAAGUUCUGUGAGUUCAUACCAAACACAACCAGAAGCUGUUUAUUUGAAUAUAGCCAGCGAGACUGAAGUGUCAGAUCUACCUCUUGAUGAAGUUGUGGAAGUUGAGAACAGCAAAUCUAUUGACAAGAAAAAGGAGUUAACAAAUGAAAACAAGAAGAAAAGUAGAAAUUUGUAUGAAAUCAGUGGUAAGGAUUAUGAAAACAGCUAUGACUACUACGAUAACUAUUAUGGUCCUUGGUACUCUGAGUCGCCCUAUGGGCACCCAUCGUACCAAAACUGGAUGGAUUAUAAUUACAGAAUGCAGCAGGCUUGGGAGAUGUAUCAUUGGCAGCAAGGGUGGUAUCAGGACUUGGUACCAAGGGAAAGAAGUUACCAUGGUAGUAAUCAGCAGUCAGCAAACUUUUCUCUACAUGAUAUGGCACAUCAGCAGUGGGCAAAGUCAUCUGGAUCAGAUGGGGCACAUCAGCAGUGGGCAAAGUCAUCUGGAUCAGAUGGGGCACAACAGCAGUGGGCAAAGUCAUCUGAAUCUGAUGGGUCACAUCAGCAGUGGGCAAAGUCAUCUGAAUCUGAUGGGGAUGGGGCACAUCAGCAAUGGGCAAAGUCAUCUGGAUCAGAUGGGGCUCAUCAGCAGUGGGCAAAGUCAUCUGAAUCUGAUGGGGUACAUCAUCAGUGGGCAAAGUCAUCUGGAUCAGAUGGGGCGCAUCAGCAGUGGACAAAGUCAUCUGGAUCUGUUGGAGCACAUCAGCAGUGGACAAAGUCAUCUGAAUCUGAUCGGGCACAUCAGCAGUGGGCAAAGUCAUCUGAAUCUGAUGGAGCUCAUCAGCAGUGGGCUAAGUGGUCUGAAUCUCAUGGGGCACAUCAGCAGUGGGCAAAGUCAUUUGAGUCUGAUGGGGCAUAUCAACAGUGGGCAAAGUCAUCUGGAUCUGAUGGGGCACAUCAUCAGCAGUGGGCAAAGUCAUCUGGAUCUGAUAUGGCACUUGCAAAGAUGCGUGAUUCUGCUCAUCAACAAUGGGAAAAGUCAUCUGGUUCUGACACUGCACAUUUGCCAAUGGCAAAGAAUAGUAGUCCAGAACAGCUGUGGGCAAAUGGUGCAGAUAAGCAACAUAAACUGUGGGCAGAGUCACCUGUUAUGGAUAAUGCCUAUGACAAUUGUUCAAACAAGAUUAAAGACACUAUUGAUUGUAGAGUGCCACCCAACUUAACUGUCCAAAUAGGGUCCAAAGAUUAUAACAGUAUCCAGAGGGAUGUGAACCGUCAGCACUUAAGAAGAGAAAGUGAUUUUAAUGAUAAGAACCAUCCAACUGAUGCAGUACACUUUACAAACAAAAGCCUAAAAACUUGUGGGAAAAAUGCAACACAUGAAACCAGGAGAACAUUACCCUCUACAAUACUCCACUCAAAGGUCCCUAGUUGUGAAAUAGAGACAUCAGAACCGAUACCAUGUGAUGCUGAAAGUCACAUUAGACGUCAGAUGAGAGAUCAAGAAAAAGCAAGAUGGGCAACAAGUGAUGUAAUGUGUAGGUGCAGACCGGAAGAUAUUCAUUUUUCCGUGUGGAGAUCAUGUUCAUGUCCAGUUGGGAACCCUCCUUGCAUGGUCCGAACUGCCCCAAGUUUGCAUCACAUCAUGCAAGAAGACAGUGUUGAUAUGGGAUAUCAGUCAUACAAGUCUUUAGACCAUGAUGAUCAGGGAUUGCGCGGAAGGUUUGCGCAGUGUCAGCCUCUCUGUUCCACCCCAGUAGCAGAGAAGGAGUCGGGUGGGUGUGAAGAUUCUUGCAAUAUUAUACCACCACAUUAUACUGUUGUAUACCCAGGGCACACAGUACCACAGAAUCACCUAGACCAUAUCCGAGGCUAUUCUGAACAUCAGCACAGUAUUAAGUACCAAGAAGCAGCCAGGUCUUAUAACCAAGGCAGCAGCUAUACGCCAGAAGCAUCACAUACCACAAACAAUUAUCAUGGCCUGCCUUGUUGUGUAGCUUCCUCCGGCCGCCAUCUUGAAUCUGCUAAAAAUACCCUGCGUGAGGCAGAAAAAACUGACAGAAAUCUUGUGGCCGCUCUUAGAAACGUUCAUAUUGCUUUAAAUGACAACAGACUGAAGACACACAUGGAGGAAACUGUUUGUCAAGAAUUAGGACAGAAAAGUAAGAAAGAUGAAAUGGAUGAUGGUGAAUCUGGGAAGGACGUUAAUCACGACAGCUUUCACUCUACCCAUGCAAGGGAUUGUUUGAUGGGAAAGAGACAAGCUUCCGUUGAAGAGGAAGAACAAGAUGUUGACUAUAGAUGUAGCAUUUUGAAAGGAACUGGUGUCUCUUUGGCGUCUGACAUCCAAACUGACAAACGUAUGCCGACGUUGGCCUUUUCAGAUUUCUCUAGAGUCCAAAGAGGUGCUGCUGUUCAAAAUAUCUGCAGUGAUGAUAACUCAGAAAGAUUUGUUAUGCAAAUGAAUGAAAACGGUCAGCCUGUUUAUGAUAACAAUGGGCAGAAAUUAACUAAACUUAUGGAGCGCAUUCAUAAUACCACCAAAGGUGUUGUAAAAUCAAGACCAAGUGUAAGUAAUGAAGAACAACGUAUAAAUGAAAGAGAAACUUGUUUUCCGGGCAACCAAAGAUUGGAUCACAGAGAUGAUAACACAGGAAUCUCAAUAGCCAAGAGAAGUCCUACAGAAUCACCAAUCAUGCCAAUGUCUGUUGGCAGAGGUGUAGGCCAAUACCCACAGUAUCCCUUGCCCUAUCGCCCUUAUAGAGGUGCCAUGCGAUUUCAAGGAUCAGCAAAUGCUAUGGAGGAUAAUUCUGAAUUUAACAAGAAUGUUAUACCAGCUUAUUAUUUGCCACCAAGAGGCGUUCUUCCCCCAUUUGCAGGAUUUCCCUAUGGUCCUCCCCCAUUUGCAAGAUUUCCCUAUGGUCCACAGAUGCCAUUUAGAAUGCCUGUCAAUGAGUCUGAAGCAUCCGUUUUAACAGGUGGACAAAUGCAGUAUCGCAGGCAAAGAACUCCACUGUUCAGUAAUCAUGCAGGUGUGGAUGUGUACUGCUCUCCAACUGAGCAGAACUUCAAUAAACAUAGUGGUGUAAAGAGCUCUCCUCACAUGGAUGAUCAUAAUCUACCUCCCAAUAAUGAGGAGAAAACGAAAAAAAUACAGUUAACCUCCAUUUCCAGACUUGCAGAAUAUGGAUCUAGUGAUGACGGUUCAGACACCUCCAUUGAAUCAUUUGACAUGGACUCCCUUGGUGAGGAUUCCAACAGGAAGUUACCAAAUUACCCUAAAGAACCCAAUUACCCUAAAGAACCCAAAUACCCUGAAGGACCCAAUAACCCUAAAGAACCCAAUUACCCUAAAGAACCCAAUUACUUCAAAGAACCCAAUUAUCCUAAAGAACCCAAUUACCCUCAAGAGCCCAAUGGGAUAGAGCAAGCACAAAAGAAAUUGAAGAUGAGCUCCUCUUCUCAUAAUGAUGAGACUAAUGUGGCGGCAGCAGAUACAAUUAGACGUCAACCCAUGAAGUUGAAACAAAAGACUCUGAAAUCAUUUUCUUCAGAGAGCAGUUGGACUCGACAGACAUCUUCCUCAAGAAAACCAAUUUAUACACAAGAAUAUUCAAGGUCGAAACCCAAAGCAGAGGUUAGUUUGAAGACCAGUAAAAGUGGUACCAGCUUUAAUUCAGGAUCACAGCUACAGGCAAACAAGAUAGGUUCACAGCCUGCGCAACCAGCAGUCCCAGUUUCCUGCACCCAGAUGCUGCUGCCACCCCCUAAAUCCAGUCCGUUCUGGAGCUUCUGUCCACCACCCUUGAUCUCUGCACUUACAGACAAGCCUGUGCAGCCCAACUCUGACAGCUGGGAGGACGAGGGGGAGAACAAGCCUGGGCGACAAUCUGGAAGAUUCUCGAUGUCCCCGGUUAAAGGCUGCUCACCAGGUAUCUUCUCCCCAGGGGACACGGACAGUGAUUCUCAGGGCACCCGCACCCAUUUGACGUGGAUCAAGAACUUCAAGUACUUCCACAACUACGGCGUGAAGUACAUAGACACCCACUGUCAUUUGGACUUCCUGUUCAGCCGUGAGAACUUCAAAGGUCGCACGCUGAAGUCUUACAUGGAGAGGCAUCCAGAGCUGUUUCCCGACCAGUUUGAGGGAUGUGUGGCCGUGUUCUGCAACCCACAAACCUUCACUCCAGGAGGAGGAUUAUGGCUGGAUGUGGCUGCAGAGUCCAACGUAUGGAUAGCGAUGGGCUGCCAUCCCAAGAUGGCCACCUCGUUCACUGCAGCGGCAGAGGCAGGGCUACGCAAGUGUAUGAUGCAUGAGAAGUGUGUAGCGCUCGGGGAAAUCGGCCUGGACUACUCUGGAACGUUUUGCCAGCACAAAGAUGUUCAGAUGCAGGUGUUCCGCUGCCAGCUGGAGAUUGCCAUCAGCCUGCGCAAGCCCCUGGUCAUCCACUGUAGGGACGCAGAGGAGGACUGCCUUGAAAUCAUGAAGAAAAUUGUCCCACGAGAUUACAAAAUCCAUUGCCACUGUUUCACGGGAGCAUAUGAAAAUGCCAAGCUAUGGUUGGAUGCUUUCCCUUGCCUCUACAUCGGAGUUACUCCCCUUGUGACCUACCCCUCGGCGAAGCCCAGCCACGAUCUUGCCAUAAAGAUACCCAUCACCAGGCUUCUGUUGGAAACGGACGCUCCCUAUUUCGUACCCAGAACAAUACCAAAGUGUGGCCUUGGGUUAUCCAGUCCUGGCCUUGCAGUGACAGUUGCAAAGGAGAUAGCACGUUACCAGGAUAUUCCUGUUGCUAAGUUGCUGCACCAAGUUCGACUCAACACGCAAUUUGUCUAUGGCAUUUAAAUGCAUAUAAUUAACAGAUCUGUUUGUUUGACAGCCAGACUAGUUAAUGUAUUAUUGUUGCAUUUUGAGCAUUUUAUUACUAAAAAGCUAUUUUGUUGCCUGGAAAUGUUCCAAAACUAUAAUUGGCUGUGCUCUGCGAAAAGGGGUUUUAAUGCUUGUUUGAUAUUUUUCGUUUCAAGAAAGUCUCUUCUUGGCAAAAAUAUAGUUUAGGCCGAAAGUGUCGUCCCUGAUUGGCCUGUGCAGACUGCACAGGCUAAUCUGGGACAGCACUUUAUGCACAUGCAGUAAACAGCUUUUUCACAGAGCACGGCCCAAUUAUAAUUGGGGUAGACAUGGAAGUCUGUCUGUCUGUAGACACAAAUUAUACUUGUAUUCAGGUCUUCUCUUUAAGGUUGUAACCUGCUACACCUACACUUGCACGCAUUGUGUCUUAUGAUAAGAAGUUAUGCAUAUGACAUUUUUAGUAUCCUUUGAAAAAAUUACAAAAAGUUAUGGCUCUUUUACACUUAGCCUUUCUAUUGCUUCAUAUUUACUGUUAUAUACAAUAAGCAAAAUUAUGUCUCUGAAACUUAUGAUUUACUAUUUUAUAUUUGGUGUGCAACACUGUUUACUAGUCCUCUGCAAAGAUUUGUUACAUUAUGCCCCUAGGUUAAACUCUUGCCCCGCCCAGUUGCCAUAAGGGUACAUGUAUAUAGACCUAUAUUUCACUUAAACUUAAAAAUAUUCUCCUCUAAUGCACAGAAUUCUCCUCUAAUGCACAGAAGUUUGAUAUGUGAUAUGUAGUGUUUUUUCGGCGUAGCUGUAUAAGCCAGCUUUUCACCUUACCUGACCUUAGUAAGUGUCCAAUAAAAUUCUAAUAAAAUUUCCCGCGGCUAGAUACAAAUGAAUACACUUCAUUUAUUCAAUUGGCUGAUUUGAACAUUCCACCAGAACAUUGGAAACAUGGACGCGUCUUUGUAACACUGUUCUACUGCAUGAAACAAUUGUAUCUCUAAUGAAAAGGCUUGAUAGAUAGAACAGUUUUACACUCAACUCUCGACAUCAACGCACCUUUUAUUUUCAGAGGAUUGCUAGCGCCAGUAUCAGGGUCGAAUCGUGGCCAGUGAAAUAAUCGUUAUAUAAUAUAGACGCUAUCGCGUGAACUAGGUGAAGUGUUUUGGUUAUCUGGAAGACUUGUGGUCAGCAGCAAUAAAUCACUUUCUCGGGUAAACCUUCUCAAAGGGUCAAUCUCAGCAUGUUAUCUCAUUAACAGCUACAGACCAUUAUUGUAUUGCUGAUAAGGGCUGAAGUCUAUCUGACUCAAGAAUCUGGCAUAUACCCUGGACUGUGGAAUUUUCUUUAGACCAGAAAUAUGUUAAAUGAAAAUAUUCAGCGAUAUAAUUAUGGUAUGUCAAUACUAAAUUCUUAAUGUGUUUUCAACAAUAUCAUGAUAAAUAAUAUUUUUGAUUAAUUUAACAAGAAUUAUUCCACCAUAUUGACUAAUGUAUUAAGCAUGAGCGGGAUGAUUCUCGAUACUGUUAAUAAUCGACAAACCACUAAAACAGGUUUGUUCGAAGAAGGCUCGUAUGAAUAUUUAAAAUAUGUACGGAUACUUCGCGUGUGGCCGGUUGACUUAAUGUUUUAAUUUCUCUUCCAUUCUUCUUUUGGUUUUCUGUUUUGUAUCUAUAGGUUUAUGACCAGCAAUAUGUAAUAAUGUAAAAUAAGCCGCGAAAACUCCGCGUAACAUCCCGUACUGCGUGUGAUGCAGCUAAGAACUGCACAGAAAAAGACAUUCGCAAUCUUUGAUCUCAUUCAUUGAACUCUUUACCUUUCACCAAAUCCAACCACAAUCAAUGCCGUAUAUUUAAAAAAAAGAUAUUUCUUGUUGGUUCUCAGCACAAUUUAUCCAAAUCAUGCCCCUAGGAUCAAAAGUGGAAAUGCCCCUAGGGUCAUAUAUUUGAUCUAGACCUAUUCUUAAAAAUACUUUUAAGAAUAGUUUUCUCAGAAAUCACAAUGUUGUAUUACAUUGCAUUGAGGUCCUCUAUGUAUUUCUUAUACCAUGCUCUUAUCAUUAACCCUUUCCCACUCAGAAGCCAAGUUAAAAUGAUUAUGUACAAACAGCAUAAAGCCAGAACAGCCUGCGAGUAACUCGAAGUCUGUUCAGGUUUUAUACUGUUUGCUGCUCAUCUGUAUCUAAGGGUUGGAAAUGAAGCCUUGAACAUUUGAAUCUAGUAAGAAAGGUCUUUAAUUAAAUGUUGCUUUCUGAGGUACUACAAAUGCGUCAAAAUACAUAUCUAAGUGGUGAAGGGUUAGAGAGGCAUCAGGAGUAAAAACAAAUGUUUUAACUUGCUACAUAUUAUGGCAUGUUGUGAGCUACUCUUCCUUACUAUUGUGACAAGCUAGCUUCCGGAUUUCCUUGUCGAAACCUCUUCCACUUGCGUAUUUAUGUUUAGACAGUGUAUCAUUGGAAACCAACAUGGUCUUCAGUGACAGGUUAGGGGUCAACAAAGUUACUUUGUGCUGCAAAUGCUGCAGAUGUCACAUCUUUGACAAGUUAUGUUGUGCAUUUCAUUAUGAAAUCUUCCUUUUUACACCAGAAGAUGUUAAAAAGAAAAAUAAUCACCCUUCCUUGGGUCAACAUAAACUAUGAAAUAUGACAUAAAUAUGAUAUAAACUCAAGCCAUUACAUUGUCUAUAGACAUUAAUGUAAAUGACCCUGACAGACUAAAGCUGAAUAGUAAUGUUCUUAAAAAACAUUCUUGCAUUUUGCUGUGUAUGAACCUGUUGAUAUCUUUGCAGCAACCUCAAAAUAAUGAUCCGAGCCAAGUGUCUUUUUGUCUGUCUGCCAUGUUUGUAGUUAGCCUUUACAUUGUGAACAUUGCAGGACAUAUGUUAAAAUUGUUCCAAACAUUUUUCUCAAAUGCAAACAAACUUGGCCAUCAGUUGUCCUUUUAUGGCUUUAUAAAUAGCUUGUGAUCACUCCGCCAAGGUUACAUUUUUUGCCUGAUGAACAUGAAGCUUGGUUGAAACGUGUGUGGAUGAGGUCAAUGUCCGAGGGGCUAGAUAGUCAGAGGUUAAUGUCCCAGGGGCUGGAUAGUCAGAAGUUAAGGUCACAGGGGCUAGAUAGUCAAGAGGUCAUUGUCACAGGGGCUGGAUAGUCAGAGCUCAAGGUCACAAGGGCUGGAUAGUCAGAGCUCAAGGUCACAGGGGCUGGAUAGUCAAAGGUCAAGGUCACAGGGGCUAACUAGUCAGAGGUUAAGGUCAUAGGGGCUGGAUAGUCAAAGGUCAAGGUCACAGUUGCUGGAUAGUCAAGGUCACAGGGGUUGGAUAGUCAGAGGUCAAGGUCUCAGGGCCUGGAUGGUUAAAGGUCAAUGUCACAGGGGCUGGAUAGUCAAGAGGUCAAGUUCAUAUGGGCUGGAUAGUCAGAGGUCAAGGUCACAGGGACUUGAUAGUCAGAGGUCAAUGUCAUAGGAGCUGGAUAGUCAAGGUCACAGGGGUUGGAUAGUCAGAGGUCAAGGUCACAGGGACUGGAUAGUCAGAGGUCAAGGUCACAGGGGCUGGAAAGUCAGAGGUCAAGGUAACAAGGGCUGGAGAGUCAGAGGUCAAGGUCACAUCGGCUGAAUAGUCAGAUGUCAAGGUCACAGGGGCUGGAUAGUCAGGUCAAGGUCACAGGGACUGGAUAGUCAGAGGUCAAGGUCACAUAGGCUGGAUAGUCAGAGGUCAAUGUCACGGGCUGGAUAGUCAGAGGUCAAGGUCACAUGGGCUGGAUAGUCAUAGGUCAAGGUCACAGGGGUCGGAUAGUCAGAGGUCACAGGGGCUGGAUAGUCAGAGGUCAAGGUCACAGGGGCUGGAUAGUCAGAGGUCAAGGUCACAUGGGGCUGCAUAGUCAAGAGCUCACGGUCACAGGGGCUGGAUAGUCUUGAGUGAAAGAAAAACCUACCCUCCUGAGAUAGAAGUGUUUGUCGCAGAGGCAUGCAAUGUUUUAAAAUAUAUCUUUAUAAUUGAAUGUAUUGACCUCUACGUUGCAAAUCAGGGGUUUGUACAUACUAUGCAAUACUUUUGUAAUACACUUCUAAACAAAAGUCUUGUGUGGCCAAUUCAUAAACACACACAUAUUUGUGUGUAGUGUGAUUUAUAAAUAUAUAAUACAUCUUUUAUCAAUUGUGUUAAUAUGUUAUGCUUCCUAUCAAUUGUAUUAAAAUGUUUACCAUUAGUAACUUAAAUAGGAGGUAUUUCAAGUAACAUGUAAGCACUCAGCAUGUGUUAUUCUUAUAAAUUCUGUUGUAUGUGUGUCAGCCCAUGUUAAACACAUAGUCACAAGAGUAAUAUGCAUCGUUUCUAGUCAUUAAUAAGAGUUUCUACUGCUUUAGCAGUUUGUUACAUUUUUGAACAUCCGAAGUUAUUCUUGUUCAUGAAGACUUGGCAAUGUUUAAUGCCUGCUGCGAUUCGGUAGUGGGAUAAGGCCAAAAAUAAAAUGAUGUUCUUUUACUCUUCUCAACCAACAGUCUGAAAUGGCCACGACCCAAAUUAUUUUUUCGGAUUCAGAGUUAGAAAAAUAUUUUAGUUCUAAUAAGUUGUACCAAUGGUAACAGAUUGCCAUGUUAACAAAUCUAACCUAUAAAGGCGCGCUUAUGUACCACAAAAUAAAACAAUCACACUAAAAGUGCUUUUUUCAGUACAUUAUAAAGAAGGAAAAACAUCGCUGCUUCAUACAAUACACUUGCAAAGUUAAUGUUUAUUUACUGUUACUAUUCUAUGGCCAGCCUAUUUGUGCCGGUUGGAAUAUACCUGCGUUUAAAAAAAGUUUGUUUAUAUUUAGGGCAAUUAUCUAAUUAUUCUUGCUACACAAGUUUUGAAGGGUUGUUUAAAUGUGGCUAUUUGGUUUGUUCAAUUCUGUAUGCAACAUAAUGGUUAUCUUGUGUUCUGAAAAAUACAGAUUUUAUUUUGAACAUUUUGUUUAUACCAGAUUUAAAUUUGUUUUCUGUAAACAGUAUUAGGGAAACCAAAGUCUGUAAAUUGAUCUCUGUUUUGUAUAAUUUGUUAACUUGUUAGAAAAUAAAAAUUGUUUUGAAAUGGUAA